GAAUAAGAUGCGCGAGCAUCUCGCUAUUGAAAAAAAAUCUCUUGUGUGCUGUUGCCAGCUGAAGUAAUUGUCGUUGAUUUUCUGUUAGAUUUACAAGUUAUCUUCACAAAUGUGUGUCUGUUAUCUGUAUUCAUGUAUGCAAUUAGGAUAGGCAGUGAUGAAGUUUUACAAAUAAUUAAUAGUAAAUGUUAACAAACGACAAGUUAGAUCGCAAUAUCAAUCCAGUGUACGAAGAUAUCUAUAUUAUCGAAUGCCACAACAUUUUUUGCUACAUAUCUCGUUCAGUUAACUUAAACAGUAAUGGCUACAGCUUCAUUUGUAGAAAAUGAUACAAUGCUCAAUAAUGAUGAACUCUGGAGGGAGUGUGCUGCUUGGCUUACGAGAUGGGAAAUACUCAGACCCGACCACAAAGCCAACUGGCCCUCUGCUUCCAUUGUAGAUCUGGCUAAUAUACUAAGAGAUGGAGUAUUGCUUUGUAAGUUGCUCAAUAAAAUUGAUCCUGGAUGUAUUGAUAUGAAAGAUGUUAACUUAAAACCUACUCUUGCCCAAUUUUUAUGUUUAAGAAAUAUAAAUUUGUUCCUAAGAAUAUGUGAGAAACAUUUCGGCUUAAAACAGGCUGAUUUGUUUGAAGAUACAAUGUUAUUUGAUUUGACAAAUUUUCAUAAAGUCUUAUGUACCUUAUCGAAGCUCUCUUUAUGUUCAAGAACCUUGAGAUCCAGAAUACCAGGUUUUGCUGCCCAAAAAUUGAAACGAGAAGAAGAAGUGAUUUUUCAAAGUCUCAAAAAUGUAGAGAUGCCAGUCAGAUCAAGGAACCUAGCCGAUCACCAUUGCGCUUUUAAUGUAGCUAGUGAGGAAAUAUAUCAAGAUUUAUGUCUUGACAAAACAACUGCUGAGCAACCCCAACCGACUGAAAAAAGGGAUUUCGUGAUAAAAGAAUUGUUAGAUACUGAAAAAAAUUACGUAGAUGUUUUAGAAAAGUUAAGAAAAAAUUUUAUGUUACCAUUGACGAAUCAGAUGUCGCCCGAACAUCACAUGACUGUAUUUUUUAAGAUAAAGGAAUUGAAAGAUGUACAUUCAGAAUUUUUGGACGAAUUAUUAAAAAUUCGAACGCAUCCAAAUGUAAAAAUAAGUAAUAUUUUUAUGAGGUUCAGAGAGAAAUUUCUAGUUUACGGAAUGUAUUGUGCCAAUCUAACGAAAGCCACAUCAAUAUUACAAGAACUCUGCGAAACUCAAGAAGUUUAUAAUCAAAUUAUAAUUAAAUACGAAAAAGAGGAUAAUAAUGGUAAAUUCAAAUUAAGAGAUGUCCUUUCCGUACCAAUGCAAAGGAUAUUGAAAUAUCAUCUCUUACUCGAAAAAUUAAUAGAACAUACAAGUGAGACACACGAAGAGUACAACGAUCUGAAACGAGCUAAGGAAGCAAUGCUAGAUGUAGCCGGUUAUAUCAACGAAGUAGCUAGAGAUAGCGAACAUUUAGAUGUGAUAAAUAAUUUACAAGACACCAUAACCGAAUGGAAUCUCAUGCCGAGUCAAAAAUUAACAGAUUACGGUAGAUUAGUUAAGGACGCGAGUCUCAGAAUUAAGGCACACGACGAUCAGAAAAAUAGGAAUAGAUACGUUUUUAUUUUCGAUAAAUGCAUUUUGAUCUGUAAGCAAUUGAAGGGUAACCAAUUUGCUUUUCGUGAUUUGAUAAAUAUAGCCGAUUAUCGAGUCGACGAAAUACACAACAGGCCGAUUUUAAAUAAAGAAGCGAGAUCGUUUUUUCAAUUUUGUUUGGUCAAAAACGAUAAUCAAAACGCGUAUACGGUUUCUCUGAGAACCGCCGAGCUCAAACAACAAAUUAUAAAAGCCAUAAACGAUUGCAUAAAUAAUUUGAGACCCAAAUCACUGAAACAUACCAACCACAAUUUCGAGCUACACACAUUCCCCCAACCGACUCAAUGUGUAUUCUGCUCCAAAUUUCUCAAAGGUCUCAUUUCCCAAGGUUAUAAAUGUUCGACUUGUGGUAUAAGCGUCCAUAAAGAUUGUAUACAAAAAUCGGGAAAAUGUUUCCAAACGUUACAUUUCAAUAAUUCCACAACAUCGAACGGUUUAAAUGAUCCGUUAAGUGAUAAACUUUGGUUUGUCGGAGAAAUGGAUAGGAAUAAAGCUAGUAUGAAAUUGGAGAGGAGGGAAAAUGGAACGUUUAUGGUUAGAUUGAGGCCUCAAAGCGGUCAAAAUGACAUUUAUGCUCUCACGUUAAAGACUGAUACGGUAAAACAUAUGAAAAUAUGUUGCGUAAAUGAAUUUAAUAGGGAUUCCAAAAAGUAUUACUUAUCUCAAUCGAAAUUUUUCAACAGUAUUGAAGAACUAGUGCUCAAUUAUCAAAAUUACGGUCUCAAUGAAAAUUUUAAAGGAUUAGCAGAAGAUACACGAUUACUAUGGCCCUUUCGACAAUUAAGAGCUAUAGUUAUUCGUAAUUAUGAUGCUAAAGAUCAAUAUCAGAUUAGUGUUAGGGGAGAUGAAGUCGUUACCAUAAUUGGGAAGGAAGGUUAUAAAGAAGGUUUUUGGAAAGUGAGAACUAUAAAUAGUGAGGUAUGUAACUUAUACAUUAUUCUAUCAUGUCUUGUGAUUGAUUGUAUUCACCACUUUAAAACAUUUCUAUAUGUUGUUUACGUUUAAUCAAAACUAAUUAUAGAAAUAUUUUGAUAAAUAUAUGUGUGUUACGGUAAGUGUGCUCAAUAAUAGAAUUGUAGAAAUAGCGGAGAUAAUCAGAGCAGCAGUAUAAUUAUACCAGUCACUACAAUGUGGAACCGAAACGGAUUUUCGAAUAAUGGAGAGGAAGAUAUUGGGGUCUGUGAAGAUCUAAGGAUACCCAAGAAGGUUAAUGAACCACGAGAUCAAAAAAGAAGUGGAAGAAGGCGAUAUAGAAACAGUUAUAAAGAUCCAAAAGCUCUGAUUCGUUAAGUAACAGACUAGAAGCCAAGAAGUCAAUCCAAAACACGUUGACAACAAGUAAUAUUGCAGAGGUGACAGUGAAGAACUGGAUACAAGUCGUGGAGGAUAAUGAGGAGCUGUAACAGGUUGUAGGGGAACCCCGUCUGGGGGCUAUGUGGCGGUUUACCUCUUCUGACUUUAGAAUAUUCGAUUGUAUAGAUUUAUUGGAUAGCCUCACACUCACUCACCAAGAGGUGGUCGGCGUUUUUCCUUGGUCCUUUGCAGAAACUAUAAGAGCUGUCGGAAGUUUCUUUGAUGUUCUCCAAAUGGUAGUUCAUCAGACAGUGUCGACCGAGUAUACCAAUAACUGUCCAUAGAUCAUAUUUGCUUAAUAAAAGUACCUUUUGGAACCAGUUGGUAGAAUGAGAAAGAAAUAUCUUCGAUUGUUUUAGACACUAAUAUUUUAUAUCUGAAA